GAGAUGCAUUUUUUUUGUCUAUAUAUUCACCUUAUAACAGGAAAAGGAGAACUUCUGAUUCAUGUUUGACAUUCAGCACCUUGUCAAGGAUCGGGACAUGGCCGGGGUUGCAGCGUUCGAGCUUUCGCUUCAGUACAUUCUUAUUCGACAAGACCGCUCCUAUCAUUUUUUGCAAUUCUUCAUAGCUAUUUUUUCGAUGAUUUUUUUUCUGGAAUUGUUACUUCUCGUAUGGUUUUCCGCUUUAUGCCCCCUUCUAACGUUUAUUCCGAGUGGAGCCCUUGAUCAGGUAAGGGAUUUCGCUUCUCCAACCAUCGCAGUUGCUUCGCUUGCCAUUCUGCUCUUUAUUCGCGCUAGCAAGAAUAGGUUUGUUAUUGAGCCAGGUGAUCAUACCAUUGAACGCCUAAACAGAGACGUGCUGGAACCGUGCUUGGGAGCUAAAUUCUGUGUUGAAACAGGGAAGUUAUAUUCUGACUAUUGGCAUGCUAAGGAGCGGAGACUGGGGGAAACCUUUUAUACUAUGCGAUAUUCACUUGAGACGGAUACUAACGAGACUUAGAAUGCUUGAAAAUUUUCACAUCUUCAUGGUUUGACGAUAAUGUGACUCGUGAUACAGGUGCCAAGGGUUUUGGAAUCUUGGCUCUAAAUCGGUCUAUCUGCUUAA